CUAACUUCUUUCAUGUCUUGGCGUUCAUGUCGAGGAGUUACUUAAUAACCUCAAAAAUUAUUAUUUUUAAUAUUUAAUUUUAUACCGAAAUGCAAAACGCAAGAAUAUUAACAUUGACUCGAUCCGGCUUUAAAUCUUGGAAAAGAGGCAUCACAAAAUGUACUCCGGCGCCUCAAUCUGCGGAAGUGCAAUCAGCACCAAUAGAAAAUCUUACAGUUCCGCCACCAAGUAAUGUAGAGAAGCCCGUUUCACCGAAAAUAGAAAAAUUGGUAACAGAAAUUUCACAACUUAACCUCAUCGAGGUUUCUGAAUUAAGUGGACUGUUGAAGAAACGCUUAAAUCUACCUGAUGCACCUGCUUUUCCAGUUGGUGGUUUUGCAGCUGCUGCUCCUGCCGCAGCUGAAGAGGAAGACGAAGCUCCAAGAAAAGUUAAAUCAACGUACAAUGUAAAGUUGAUGAAAUUUGAUGAGAAACAAAAGGUAGCGCUAAUCAAGGAAAUAAAGAAUUUAAUGGAAGGUAUGAACUUAGUGCAAGCUAAGAAAUUUGUGGAAAGCGCCCCAACUAUUGUGAAGGAGGAUAUACCUAAAGAAGAGGCCGAUAAAUUGAAAGAAGCGAUAGAGAAGGUGGGCGGGACUGUAGAAAUAGAUUAGAGAGAAUAGAAAAAAUGGUGUAAUUGUAAUUGUUCUAGUUUGUGACUGAAUGUUAUUUACCAAUUUUGUAAUAAAAUUGUGGUAGUUACCUAUUUGAUGCGAAAAACUUGAUACAAAAUGAACUCAAA